GUGAGACAAAACCUAAACAGCGAAAUGGCCGCCUCCGCUGCUCGUCCACUCGUCACUGUCCAAGCCCUAGACAGCGACAUGACCACCGAUCACUCCUCAACCGUCGUCUUACCCGCCGUCAUGACAGCCCCCGUCCGUCCCGACAUGGUCAACUUCGUCCACGCCCAAACCUCCAACAACAGCCGCCAGCCCUACGCCGUCUCCACAAAAGCCGGUCACCAGACCUCCGCCGAGUCGUGGGGAACCGGACGCGCCGUCUCUCGUAUCCCUCGUGUUCCCGGAGGUGGAACUCACCGUGCGGGACAAGCAGCCUUUGGUAACAUGUGUCGUGGCGGAACCAUGGCCUUUCCGAACAAAGUUUAUCGGAUUUGGCACAGACGUGUUAACGUGAACAUGAAGAGACACGCGAUCGUGUCGGCUAUUGCCGCGACAGCUGUUCCCGCUCUUGUGAUGGGACGUGGACAUAAGAUUGAGAAUGUUCCGGAAAUGCCCCUCGUGGUGAGUGACUCUGUUGAAGCCGUGGAGAAGACGUCAGAUGCUAUUAGGGUUUUGAAACAGGUUGGUGCUUAUGAUGACGCUGAGAAGGCGAAGGAGAGUAUUGGGAUUAGGUCUGGUGUGGGGAAAAUGAGGAACAGGAGGUAUGUUUGUCGGAAAGGGCCUCUUGUGGUUUACGGUAACGAAGGAGGGAAGAUUCUUGCACCUGGUGGUCACGUUGGGAGGUUUGUGAUUUGGACUAAGUCUGCUUUUGAGAAGCUUGAAGGUAUCUAUGGAUCUUUUGAGACUCCUUCGGAGAAGAAGAAAGGGUACGUGUUGCCUAGGGCUAAGAUGGUGAAUGCUGAUUUGGCGAGGAUUAUUAAUUCUGAUGAGGUUCAGAGUGUGGUGAAGCCGAUUAAGAAGGAUAUGAAGAGGGCUGUGAUGAAGAAGAAUCCUUUGAAGAAUUUGAAUGUGAUGUUGAAGUUGAAUCCGUAUGCUAAGACUGCUAAGAGGAUGUCUUUGUUGGCUGAGGCGCAGAGGGUUGUGGCUAAGAAGGAGAAGCUUACCAAGAAGAGGAAGAUUGUCACCAAGGAGGAGGCAUUGGCAAUCAAAGCAGCAGGGAAGUCGUGGUACCAGACUAUGAUCUCCGACAGUGACUACACCGAGUUUGACAACUUCACAAAAUGGCUCGGUGCUAGCCAGUGA